GCCACUCCCCGGGGCGUGAGUGGGCGGGGCUCCGGGUUGGCUCCUUAGUGGUCCGCGGGGCGGCAGCGGCGGCGACUGGCGACGACGACAUGGAGAGCGGGGCUUACGGCGCGGCCAAGGCGGGCGGCUCCUUCGACCUGUGGCGCUUCGUGACGCAGCCACAGGUGGUGGCGCGCGCCGUGUGCUUGGUCUUCUCCCUGAUCGUGUUCUCCUGCAUCUUCGGCGAGGGCUACAGCAACACCCACGAUGUCAAACAGCUGUCCUGCGUGUUCAACCGCAAUGAGGACGCUUGCCGCUACAGCAGUGCCAUUGGGGUGCUGGCCUUCCUGGCUUCAGCCUUCUUCCUUGUGAUCGACGCCUAUUUCCCCCAGAUCAGCAAUGUCACUGACCGGAAGUACCUGGUCAUCAGCGACCUGCUCUUCUCGGCUCUCUGGACCUUCCUGUGGUUCGUUGGUUUCUGCUUCCUCACCAACCAGUGGGCAGCUACCAACCUGGACGAUGUGCUGGUCGGCGCCAAUUCUGCCCGGGCAGCCAUUGCCUUCAGCUUCUUUUCCAUCUUCUCCUGGGGGUUGCUGGCCUUCCUGGCCUACCAGCGCUACAAGGCUGGAGUGGAUGACUUCAUCCAGAACUACGUGGACCCCACCCCGGACCCCAACACAGCGUAUGCCUCCUACCCCGGUGCAUCUGUGGAUAACUACCAACAGCCGCCCUUCACCCAGAAUGCUGAGAGCCCCGAGGGCUACCAGCCACCCCCUGUGUACUGAGCCCCAGCAGGGACCUGGGGUCCCCCCUUCCCUCCUGGACUCCUCCCAGUAGGCUUGCCUCCUGGAGCUUCUGGCCCCCCUCCACCUGCCCACGGCACAGGCUAUAGACACCCCCUGGCUUGCCCAACACCGACUGCCUCUCAGCUUGUGCCCCAAGUGCCUUUGUCCACACUCCUCCAGGGCAUUUUUAAAAAUGGUUUUUAGUGUUUUGUUUGCUUUUAUGGUCUCAGCCAGUCCCCCCAAGUGCCUGACUUACUAUUUUAAGUGCCUCAGUUUCUCCCAGCCCCACGGGGCAGGCCCAAGUGCUGGUCUUCUGCCAAAGAUGAGGCUGGAGGCCCUCGACCCACUCUGCUGCAGGUGCUACCCCGGGCUGGGCCCCCAUCACUCAGGGUUGCUCUUACUCCGUGCCCCCAGCCCCUGCCUGCAGGAAGGCCUUGCCCACCACCAUUCCCUCUGCUUGCUCAUGCACCUUGAUCACCUGGUGCUAGUGCUUCUGGGCUACCUCCUGGUCAUCCAGGAGAGCAGGGCACCAUGUUCCUCUUGCUCCCAGUCUGGGCAGCAGGGAGGGGUCUUGCCUGAACACAACACCCAGCUUUACGAUGUAUAUAUUCUGCCUGUUAGAAGUGUACCCCCCCAAGAUGCUCUGAAUGUGUUAAAAAGCCUGGGGGUAAAGUUAUACUGAAUUGAAGAUGUAAUAAAAGUUUGUUUUUUUUUUCUCA